GCCCUCGCGAGUCGAGCACAUCCUCCUCGUACAGCAUCCAGAGCCGCGCGGUGUCCCCAACGGAGCGGACAUGAGCAGAGCAAUGGUGGCCAGGCUGGGGCUGGGCUUGCUGCUUCUGGCUCUGCUCUUACCCACGCAGAUUUAUUCCAACCAAACAGCUGUUGUAGCAGUUUCAAGUAACUCCUCCCAGCAUACCUCUGCUGCCCCGAGUCCAGCUAAUGCCACCAGCAGAGGAAAUUACAAUGCCUUGCAAUCAGCAGCUGGUCUCCUUGCCAUCUAGCUCUCUCUUCUACAACUCUACUGUUAGAGAGACUCAGGCCAAGAAACGCCUCUACUUCCCCAUCUUCUAACCCCAACCCGAAUGGCAACUGCAAGUCCAAUGUGGCAAGGAAGAAACAGGUCUGCAUCACACUGACUGAUUCCACACCGUAGUGCAUUCUGCAGAGAACACUGAGAUUCCAAAUUUGAUUGGUUUGAAGGACAUGUGGA